AUUAUUUAUGAGAGAACACACCUAAAGCCCCUAUUUUAAAGCAUUCACAAGUGUAACAUUCUAAGGCGCCUAUAGCCAUUGUCUUCAAACAAACAAAGUUAGAAGCUUGUGUUUUCUGUGUCUUUCUUCCCCAAUUCUUAAUUUAUUAUUAUUAUUUUUUUUUUCUUUUUCCAAAACUUGGAAUUUCGGGGUAUGGGGACAUAUGGUGGAGGCAAAUAUGAAAAUGGAGGAGCAUUAAUUUUGGACAAAUAUUCAAGCACAGAUGGUAGUGAUGCAGUUACUGCUAAACCACUCACUAAAGAAGAUCUCAUAAAUUACUUUGUCUCUGGAUUCAAGCCCAAGGAUCAAUGGAGAAUAGGGACAGAGCAUGAGAAGUUUGCAUUUGAAGUGGAAACUUUACGUCCUAUCAACUAUGAACAAAUUAAAAAGCUGCUAUAUGGCGUUGCUGAGAAAUUUGGCUGGGAUCCAAUUAUGGAUGGUGACAAUAUUUUGGGACUCAGAAAGGGUGAACAAAGCAUAACGCUAGAGCCUGGUGGUCAACUUGAGUUUGGAGAUGGACCUGUUGAAACUCUGCAUCAAGCCUGGGCUGAGAUUGAUAAACACAUCUAUCAGGUUAAGGAGGUGGCAAAAGACAUGGGAAUUGGAUUUUUAGGGAUGGGUUACAAUCCCAAAUGGAAGAACGAAGAGACACCAAAAGUUCCCAAGGAACGAUACGAGGUUUGGAGGGAGUACUUACCUAAAGUUGGAAGGCUUGGACUUGAUAUGUUAUACCGUAUGUGCAGCAUUCAGGUUAAUUUGGACUUCAGUUCUGAAGCUGACAUGAUCAAGAAACUCCGUGCUAGUCUCGCUUUGCAACCUAUAGCAACUGCUUUAUUUGCAAAUUCACCAUUUACUGAGGGCAAGCCAAAUGGUUAUCUCAGCAAAAGAAGCCAGGUUUGGAUGGAAUUUGAUGAUUCUCGAACGGGUAUGCUCCAUUUUGUUUUUGAUGACUCAUUUGGAAUUGAGAAGUUUGUGGAUUAUGCACUUGAUGUUCCAAUGGUCUUUGUUCGUAGGAAAAAUAAGCAUAUUCCAUGCGAUGGAAAAACUUUCCGGGAUUUCAUGGCAGGAAAACUUGCUUGUUUGCCAGGUGAAUUGCCAACCAUGAAUGAUUGGAAUUACCAUUUGGGAACAAUAUUUACUGAGGUUAGAUUAAGACGAUACCUGGAGAUGAGAGGUGCUGAUACAGGGCCAAUAAGCACAUUAAUAGCUUUGCCAGCUUUUUGGGUGGGUUUAUUAUAUGAUGAGACUUCAUUGCAAAAUGUUAUGAACAUGAUAGCUGAUUGGACCCAGGAAGAAAGACAGAUGUUGAGGAAUGAGGCUCAUAAGACUGGUUUAAAGACUCCAUUUAGAGGUGGAUCGCUAAGGGAGGUUGCUGAAGUUGUUGUCAAGUGGGCAAAGGAAGGCUUGGAAAGAAGAGGAUUAAAGGAAUCAGUGUACCUGGAUGAUAUUGAAGAAAUUGCAAAAACAGGUGAGACAAGGGCCGAGAAGCUUUUGAAAUUGUACCAUGGAAAGUGGGGACAAAACGUUGAUAAAGUAUAUGAAUAUGAGGAGCUAAUCUACUGAUGAGUGAUGACAAAGUAAAUUUUCUACGUUGGG